GUGCAUUUAUCCACGCUUCAAGCCCAAAUGGCUCUUGCGUGUGGUAGUGUGUUAGAAUAUAAUAUAAAACCAUCGGUGUGGCUCUUACCCAACAACUUAAGUUUUUGGGAUAAGUGGUUGUUUGACAUAAAAAGCUCAAUCCAACCCAACCUAUUUUAUUUCCUUUAACCAAUUAUGAAAAAUCAACUUGUUAUAAAUAGAGGGAAGGAUUGAAGCAUUGAUCAUAGACAUCAGAAAUGGAACUACACUGGGCUUGGGUGUCUACUGCCACUUUGGCUACAUGCUACGUUUUUGUAGCCAUAUUCUUGAGGAGGCUGAAUGGGUGGUACUAUGAUUAUGAUGUGAAGCUAACAAAGAAACAACUCCCUCUUCCUCCUGGUGACAUGGGAUGGCCUCUUAUUGGCAAUCUAAUUUCCUUCAUCAAAGAUUUCUCAUCCGGCCACCCUGAUUCAUUCAUCAACAAUCUUCAUCUCAAAUAUGGACGAACCGGUAUCUACAAGAAUCACUUGUUUGGGAAUCCAAGCAUAAUCAUAUGUGAGCCUGAGAUGUGUAGGAAAGUGUUGACAGAUGAUGAAAACUUCAAGCUAGGUUAUCCAAAAUCAAUCAAAGAGUUGGCACGAUGUAGGCCCAUGACCGAUGUGUCUCGUGCAGAACACAGGCAUUUUCGGCGGCUAAUAACCGCUCCCAUUAUUGGUCACAAGGCGCUAGCAAUGUACCUAGAACGCAUUGAGGACAUUGUUACAAAUUCGUUAGAAGAAUUGUCUAGCAUGAAGCACCCGGUUGAGUUGUUGAAGGAGAUGAAGAAGGUGUCAUUUAAAGCCAUUGUUCACAUUUUCAUGGGCUCUUCUAAUAACCAGCACGUCAUUGAAAAUAUAGGCACUUCAUUUACUGAUUUAUAUAAUGGCAUGUUCUCUAUCCCCUUCGAAGUACCCGGUUUCGCUUUCCACAAAGCACUCAAGGCUCGUGCAAAGCUGGCAAAGAUAGUUCAACCUGUUGUGGAUGAAAGGAGGUUGAUGGCCAGAAAUGGUGCAGAGGGAAACAAUAAAGAUCUCAUUGAUAUUCUUUUGGAAGUCAAUGAUGAGGAGAAUGGUCAGAAAUUGAAGGAUGAGGAUAUUAUUGACAUACUCAUAGGAUUUUUAUUUGCUGGUCAUGAAAGUUCUGCCACUGCUCUCAUGUGGUCAAUUGUGUAUCUUACGCAACAUCCCGACAUCUUGAAAAAAGCCAAGGAAGAGCAGGAAGAAAUCAUGAAGACAAGAGUUCCGUCGCAGAACAGAUUAAGUCUAAAUGAAAUCAAGCAAAUGGUUUAUCUUUCUCAUGUAAUUGAUGAGACGUUGAGGUGUGCCAAUAUUGCGUUUUCAACUUUCCGAGAGGCUAUUAAUGACAUGAACAUCAAUGGUUAUAUCAUACCAAAAGGAUGGAGAGUGUUAAUUUGGGCAAGGGCUAUUCAUAUGGAUCCAAAAUAUUAUCCAAAUCCAGAUGAAUUUAACCCAUCGAGAUGGGAUGAUUACAAUGCAAAGGCUGGAACCUUUCUACCUCUUGGAGCCGGAAGCAGGUUGUGUCCGGGAAGUGACUUAGCAAAACUUGAAAUUUCCGUAUUUCUUCAUUAUUUCCUACUUAACUACAAGUUGGAGCUAAUAAAUCCAGAAUGUCCAGUUACUUGCUUGCCAUCAUCUAAGCCUAUCGACAACUGUCUAGCUAAGGUGAUAAAGGUGUCCAGCAAUUAGCUUGUUGUGCAAAAUCAAGUUUCAAAGCCAUUUAAUUUUGCGUCUAGCUAUGACUUGAUCCCUUGCUCAAAAUGGAAGAAUAAGAGUAAUAAGUUUGUCGGUACAUAAAUUUGUGGUUGUUACGUUGGAUAUUCAAUAAAGAAGCCAAGUUUGUUAUUAGUGUGUUAUCAUAAUGUAUGGACUUUGAUUUGCCUCACUUUUUUUCUGGCGUAAUUCCAGGACUCGGUGAGAAACAGUCAAUGGAAAGAAUUUGGUUUUUAA